AUGCUUUCUAGCCGUUUAAUAUCUAGAGCUGCCGUUCGCCCAGCUGCCUUUAAGCAGUCUACUGCCAUCGCCCCCAUCGCUCUCUACCGCUUCAGCCGUGGUCUUGCCACCGCCUCUGAAGACAAAGAUCUUGUCAUCAUCGGAGGUGGUGUUGCUGGCUAUGUCGCCGCUAUCAAGGCUGGCCAGGAGGGUCUGAAGGUUACCUGCAUCGAAAAGCGUGGCACUCUAGGCGGUACUUGCCUCAACGUCGGCUGCAUUCCUUCAAAAUCCCUCCUCAACAACUCGCAUCUCUACCACCAGAUCCUUCACGACACCAGACACCGAGGUAUUGAGGUCAGCGAUGUCAAACUGAACCUGGCCAACUUCAUGAAGGCCAAGGACACUGCUGUGAAUGGCCUUACGAAGGGCGUCGAGUUCCUCCUGAAGAAGAACGGUGUCGAAUACAUCAAGGGCGAGGGCACCUUUGUCAACGAAAACGAAAUCAAGGUCGCCCUGAACGACGGUGGCGAGGCCACUGUUCGCGGAAAGAACAUUCUCAUUGCCACCGGUUCCGAGGCUACUCCCUUCCCUGGCCUCGAGAUUGACGAGAAGCGCGUUGUCACCAGCACUGGUGCCCUGUCCCUCGAGAAGAUCCCCGAAACCCUAGUCGUUGUUGGUGGUGGUAUCAUUGGCUUGGAGAUGGCUUCCGUCUGGUCCCGUCUUGGCUCCAAAGUUACUGUUGUCGAGUUCCUUGGCCAGAUCGGUGGCCCUGGGAUGGACAACGAGAUUGCCAAGUCCACUCUGAAGCUCCUGAAGAAGCAGGGCAUCGAGUUUAAGCUUAAUACCAAGGUAAUCAGCGGCGACACGUCUAGUGAGAAGGUUAAGCUGGAGGUUGACUCUGCCAAGGGUGGUAAGCCUGAAUCCCUGGACGCUGAAGUUGUUCUGGUUGCCAUUGGUCGCCGCCCAUAUACCGCUAACCUUGGCCUCGAGAACAUUGCCAUGGAGCUUGACGAGCGCGGCCGUGUCAUCAUCGACUCGGAGUACCGCACCAAGAUCCCCCACAUCCGUUGCGUCGGUGAUGCCACCUUUGGUCCCAUGCUAGCUCACAAGGCCGAGGAGGAGGCUGUCGCUGUCGUCGAAUACAUCAAGAAGGGUUACGGCCAUGUCAACUACGGCGCCAUUCCCUCUGUCAUGUACACUCACCCCGAAGUCGCCUGGGUUGGCCAGACCGAGCAGGACCUCAAAGCCCAGAGUAUUCCCUACCGCGUCGGUACAUUCCCUUUUAGCGCCAACUCUCGUGCCAAAACCAACUUGGACACCGAUGGUAUCGUCAAGAUGAUUGCCGAUCCCGAGACUGAUCGUCUUCUUGGGGUUCACAUUAUUGGCCCUAAUGCCGGUGAGAUGAUUGCGGAGGGUACCCUUGCUCUCGAGUACGGCGCCUCGACAGAAGACAUUGCUCGCACUUGCCAUGCUCACCCUACUCUGGCGGAAGCUUUCAAGGAGGCUGCCAUGGCCACUCAUGCCAAGGCUAUCCACUUCUAA